UGGGGGUAGUACCCGGCGUGCGGGGUGGCUCGGGCUGUGCGGGAUGUCACAGGCUGUGUGGGGGUAGUACCCGGCGUGCGGAGUGGCUCAGGCUGUGCGGGAUGUCACAGGCUGUGCGGGGGUGGCGCAGGGCAGUGCGGGGACAGGGGACAGCGGUCGCUGGCGGGAGGUUCGUGCCGGUGCGGGGAACGGGGCACGCAGCGAUGUGAGGGGCCAGGGCGCUGCCGAGCCCCGUGCUAGCGGCCGCUCUGUUCCGCGGCAGCACCGACCCCCCGCGCUGGAAUGGCCUUUGCAGCGCGGACCGUCCGCCCGCUGCUCUGUGGCACUGCCGGGAGUGACACCAGGCAGCUCCCUGCUGUCGCAGCCCCCGUCACCCCCCGUGACAGCACCGGCCUCUCUCCGUCACUGCCGCACGUGGGUCCCUGGGCUGGGGACAGCCGAAAGCUUGGCCAUCCUGCAUCUUCUUCGAAGUACAAACAUACCCAGUCCAGACUCAGAAUGAGCUGCAGCAACUGGAUAAAUCUACUGGGACCGUAAAGAAUUCAAGUGGUUAAUUUGGGUUAAAAGGUGGAAUGCCUCCUGUCCCUCAAGUGGCUCAGCAGAUCAGCCAGGAGGAAAACCACCAGCAAAAUGGACCAAAUUUGUCAAGUUUGCUUCAUUCCUUACCUGCUGCACACAGCAGGAACCCAGCUCUGCCCCAGCAGGUACAACCAGCAGGAUGGGAUAAGAACCAUGUGCUUGUGGUCCCAGCUCCAGUUCCCUCACAGCAACAGCACACAGACUGGUCUCUAUUUGAUGUGAUUGGGAUGGAAAACCAAAUUACUUGUUAUGAAGCACAAAUGCUGCCAAAACUGAAGGUAACUGGAAAGCUUAUUGAAGAGAUCUCCUGCUCCCCUUCAUCACCCAGACUUGAGCCAGUAAAGCUCCAACCAAACAGGGUAUUCCAGAAGAAAGAGACAACUGAAGGAACACCUGGACAAAAUAUUCUUCUGGAAUGAGUGUCAUAUUUCCAGAACCCCCUGUAUGGCAGAGACCUGUUGGAAACUUGCUCUGGGAUCAGUGAAAGAAAAAUCUCUCAGCAAUGUUCUGCCAGGAUUAACAAAUGGUGCUGGGAUGGCUUUGCAAAUUGCCUUCCAUACUCUAAGGAUCCAUUGCAGGAACCCUUUCUGACACUGAAACAGCAGCAGAUUGCCCUGAAGGAUGUUAUUUCCAGAGACCUGUGUGUGUUCCCAGCUGUAUUUGUUGCUCGUCCAUAUUUGUAUGGAGAAAAUCCUUCCUACACAUGGACCCAUGGAAUGAAAGUCCUGGAGCAGAGAUGGUGCAGCAUGAUUCAGGAAUUCAUAAAAAGCUUCAACCAAGACAAGUGAUCCUUCUGUGCUAUCCUGUCUUCCCACACUCCCUCCACAGGUGUCAGUCACACAGAUGUGAUUCCUGUUGUCUUCUAUGACACUGAUGGACACAUAGAUGGGCAUGACAAAAGUGCAAGAGGCAGAGAUACCCACACAUACAGGCUUGUAAGUGGUAAUUCUAUUGAAGAGAGGCUGUUGAAAAAAAGUAUUAAACAUGAUUCAAGAACUGGCUGCUCAGGGAAGGGAUUGUUCAACAGACUUUUUAUCUCAGACUAUACUGUAAAACCUUAGAUCAGUGAGAAUGCACCAUGGCAAUGGUCCUCAGAAUGCCCAGCGCCAGCUCCAGAGGUCCAGGUCCUUCACGGGCAGUGAGGGAGAAGAACAACAGGCAAAUUUGCCCCAGUCCCCCGCGGCCUCUUUCGCGCCUUCUGCGAGUCCCUCGGCGCCGCAGUCGCCCAGCUACCAAAUCCAGCAGUUCAUCAUGAGCCGGAGCCCCGUGGCCGGGCAGAACGUCAACAUCACCCUGCAGAACGUGGGCCCGGUGGCCUCGGGCAACCAGCAGAUCACGCUCACCCCGCUGCCGCUUCCAAACCCGACGUCCCCGAGCUUUCAGUUCAGCCCCCAGCAGAGGCGCUUUGAGCAUGGAUCCCCCUCGUACAUCCAGGUCACCUCUCCGCUGCCCCAGCAAGUGCAGUCCCAGAGCCCCACGCAGCCCAACCCGGUGCCGGUGCAGGCGCUGCCCAGCGUCCGGGCCGGCACUCCCGGGGCUGGCCUGGGCAUGUGCAGCCAGAGCCCCACCAGAGGGUUUGUGGAUGCCAGCGUGCUGGUGAGACAGAUCAGCCUGAGUCCUUCCAACGGCGGACACUUCGUGUACCAGGAAGGACCGGGGAUUGCGCAGAUUGCUCAAGGAGCUGCUGCACAAGUGCAGCUUCCAUCGUCCGGGCCGCCUGCCACGGUGAGGGAGCGCAGGCUUUCGCAGCCUCACUCGCAGUCUGGGGGCACCAUCCACCACCUCGGCCCUCAGAGCCCCGUGGCCAGCGGGGCAAAUAUGCAAUCUUUGACUAGCCCGGGCCACAUCACAACGACCAGCUUGCCACCCCAAAUCAGCAAUAUUAUCCAGGGGCAGCUAAUGCAACAGCAGCAGCAAGUGCUUCAAGGGCAGCAGCUGAGUAGACCCCUUGGAUUUGACAGGACUUCUGGUGGAUUGAUAGCAGGGGUUGGAGGACCGAGUGCGUUUGGAAUGACAUCACCUCCUCCUCCCACAAGUCCUUCACGGGCCACUGUGCCACAGGGGCUGUCGAGUCUUCCUCUCACUCCUACAGCUAACACAGCAGUGAAAAAACAGCCCAAAAAGUUGGAGGAGAUUCCUCCUGCCAACCAAGAAACUGCUCAAAUGAGAAAACUAUGUUUGGAUCAUCACCACAAGCAGAUGGAAAUUCUUAAGGAAACUUUUAAGGAAUGUUUGAUUGAACUGUUUUUCCUGCAACAUCUUCAAGGGAAUAUGAUGGACUUUUUAGCUUUUAAGAAGAAACAUUGUGUUCCACUGCAAGCAUACCUGAGGCAAAAUGACUUGGACCUGGAGGAGGAAGAAGAGGAAGAACAAUCUGAGGUCAUCAAUGAUGAGCAAACGCAUACAGGGACUCCAGCAACGGGGACUGUGAGCACCAUAGAGAUUGAAGCUUUUAAGAGACAGCAGCAGGCCCUUGCACCAGCAGAUUCGUCUAAGAGACCACGAAUUGAAGUGGGCCGUCAUGGGAUGGUUUUUCAGCACCCGGGUGUGGCUUCAGGAGUUCCUCUUCAACAGCUAAUGCCAACGGCACAAGGUGGGAUGCCUCCCACUCCGCAGACGGUGCAGCUGACGGGGCAGAAGCAGAGCCAGCAGCAGUACGACCCCUCCAAGGGCCCUCCGGUGCAGAACGCGGCCAGCCUGCACACGCCGCCGCCGCAGCUGCCGGCGCGCCUGCAGCCCGCCAACGUCCCCAUGGCGUCGCUGCCCGCCACCCUGCAGCUCCCCCAGCAGCAGCCUCAGCUGGUGGAACCUCCGGCCCAGCCGCAGAUCCAGGUGAAGAUCCAGCCCCAAAGCGUGCCCCUGACGGCCGCCCCGCUUCCGGCGCCGCUGCAGCAGCAGGUGCCACCAGCGAUCCACGUGCAAGGACAGGCGCCGGGCCAGGUGUCGCAGCCGCAGGCUGCCAUACAGCAGCAGACUGUGACUCUGACACGGCCAUCUGCAGAUCCUGCUCAGAGUUCUCAGCGUCUUGCAGCAAAUCCACUGCCACCUACCUCAUCCAUCGCUCCAGCAGCGAUCCCAGGCACAGCACCGCCUUCUCCAUACCCAGUGCAAACAAACAGGACCUCUCCAGCAACCAACAAAUCCCUGUCUCCUAUUGCAUCCAAGCCUCCUGGCUUAGCAGUAGCAGCAGCAGCACCUAAAACACAAAGUCCAGCUCAGAAUGCAGCGGUGUUGCCACAGGAAAACUCUCAAGACAAGCUGGCUGAGCAAGUCAAGCUGGAAAAUCAAAUCCACCAGCGGAUAGCAGAACUGAGAAAGGAAGGUUUAUGGUCCCCCAGGCGACUGCCUAAACUCCAAGAGGCUCCAAGACCAAAAUCCCACUGGGAUUAUUUGCUGGAAGAAAUGCAAUGGAUGGCAACUGAUUUUGCCCAGGAGAGAAAGUGGAAGAUGGCAACUGCUAAGAAGAUGGUAAGAACUGUGGCUCGUUACCAUGAAGAAAAGAAACUUAAUGAAGAGCGAGCUAAAAGGGAAGAACAGAACAAACUGAGGAGGAUUGCAGCAUCCAUUGCUAGAGAAAUAGAGUAUUUCUGGUCUAACAUUGAGCAGGUUGUUGAAAUUAAACUGCAAAUUGAAUUUCAAGAGAAAAGGAAAAAAGCUUUGAAUCUAAAGAGAUUUUCAAGGAAAGGUAAGGAUGCAAAAGAAGACUUUUAUUUGGAAAAAGAAAGUGAAAUGGGGGGUUCAUCAUCUGGAAGAAAAAGAAAGGCAAGCACAUCUUUGACUGAUGAGGAAGUUGAAGAUGAAGAAGAAACAAUUGAAGAACAAGAAGCUAAAGAGGGAAACAUAAACCAUCAAACUGAAUUGUCUAAUCUAGCCAAAGAAGCUGAAUUGCCUCUGGAAGAAUUGGUGAAGAUGUACGAAGGUGCCUUUGCAGAAAAUUUUCACUGGCCCCAGCCAAAGCCUGACAGUGAAGAGGAGAGCAGUGAGGAAGAAAUGGAAGACCACAUGUCUGAUAGGGAAAGUCCCCAGAAAGAAGUUGUCCUCAUAGACUCCCUUCUCAGCAUUGACCAGUACAAGGGCAUGGACAGAUCAAGUCCUCCCAAGAAGCACAUGCGAGACAUAGCAGAAGUUGCUGCUGCAGCAGAGAUGUUGUUACCUAAAGGCAGCUCCAGGAUAACAACAGCAGUAAAAUACAACACUCCAUCACUAUUGUAUGGGUCUCUCAGAGAAUAUCAGAAGAUUGGGCUGGAUUGGCUGGCAAAGCUGUACAGGAAGAAUCUCAAUGGCAUCCUGGCAGAUGAGGCAGGGCUUGGAAAAACUGUGCAAAUUAUUGCCUUUUUUGCCCAUUUGGCUUGUAAUGAAGGGAACUGGGGCCCUCACCUUGUUGUAGUCCGGAGCUGUAACAUAUUGAAGUGGGAGCUGGAAUUGAAACGCUGGUGCCCAGGGUUGAAAAUACUUCUCUACUUUGGGAGCCAAAGAGAACUUAGGGCAAAAAGACAGGAAUGGACAGAACCCAACAGCUUCAAUGUGUGCAUCACUUCCUACAAGCAGCUGUUCAAGGGCCACACAGCAUUCAUGAAAAUGCGAUGGAAAUACUUAAUAGUAGAUGAGAUGCAGCAAAUAAAGAAUAUGACUGAGAAACACUGGGAGGCACUUUUCAAUCUCCGCAGCCAGCAUCGUUUGCUUCUGAUAGACACUCCUUUGCAUAACACAUUGAUGGAGCUGUGGACCAUGGUACAUUUUUUGAUUCCGGGAAUUUCCAGACCUUACCUGGAUUUUCCAGUAAAAGCACCUAAUGAGGAGAACCAGGAUUAUUGCCAUAAACUGGUCAUCAGGUUGCACAGAAUGAUUCAGCCGUUUAUUUUGCGGAGAUCAAAGAGGGAUGUUGAGAAGCAGCUCACGAAGAAGUAUGAGCACGUGCUCAAGUGUCGUCUGUCUAGUCGACAAAAAGCCAUGUAUGAGGAUGUCAUAUUGCAGCCAGGAACCCAGGAAGCCCUCAAAAGUGGACACUUCAUCAGUGUCCUGCAUGUCCUGAUGCAGCUGCAGCGGAUCUGUAACCACCCUGAUCUGAUAAACCCCCGGCUUUCAAGCUCCUCUUAUGUGUCUGAAACACUGGAAUACAGAACAGCCUCUCUGGUGCUGCGAGCCCUGGAAAGGGAUAUUUGGAAGGAAUCAGACCUGUCUCUUUUUGAUCUCAUUGGAAUGGAAGACAAAAUGACUCAUUAUGAAGCACAAAUGUUGCCAAAACAAAAGGUUACUAGAAAGUUGAUUGAAGAAAUCUACAGCUCCCCUCCACCACCGGCGAGGCCCAACCCAGUGAAGCUCAAACCAAGCAGGUUGUUCCAGCCCGUUCAGUAUGGUCAGAAGCCCGAGGGCAGGACUGUGGUCUUCCCAAGCACUCAAGUCCAGCGCACGGUGACCACGGCAACGGUGACUCAGCAGGGACAAGUUCGAGGCAGAUCCCCCAUAGCCACGGUGUCCUCAAAUCAAGCUGCAGCAGCACAGUUUCAGACAACUCAGGCUUCCACCAGUGCUCCAAGACACCAGCCCGCAGCGACCUUCACCACAGCAACUAGCGCAGCCAACCCUGUGAAACCGCGGGGCCAGACCUCUGCGCCGGCCCCGCAGCCGGGCCAGCCCCAGCCACAGCCACAGCCCCCCCCGCACACCAUCCAACAGAGUGUGCUGCCUCAGAGGCUCGUACUGACCUCUCAGGCCCAGGCACGGUUGCCUAGUGGUGAGGUAGUAAAAAUAGCCCAGCUGGCUUCUAUAGCAGGAGCACAAGGCAGGAUUGCUCAGCCAGAGACCCCAGUGACUCUGCAGUUCCAAGGGAACAAGUUCACCUUGUCACACAGUCAACUCCGGCAGCUCACUGCAGGGCAGCCCCUGCAGCUACAAGGAAGUGUCCUUCAGAUUGUGUCAGCCCCUGGGCAGCAGUACCUGAGGCCUCAGGGCCCCGUGGUCAUGCAGACAGUUUCCCAAGCAGGAACUGUGCAGAACGCCCUGAACGCUUUAGGAAACCAGCACCAGGCAGGUGGCCCAGCUUCCACUGCAGUCACACAGCAAGUUUGUAUUCCAGGCAGAGCUACAGUUACUAACUUGCCAUCUGGUGACAUGGGAGCAGUGUUAAAACCAGCACCUUUGCAUGGACAGUCACAGACGUUUGAGGAGAAGAACCGGCUCUUGAAGGAGCGCCUGGACAGGAUCUUCUGCGGCAACGAGCGCCGCUGCUCGCGGGCGCCGGUGUACGGCCGGGACGUGCUGAGCCUUUGCUCCCUGGCUGGGGACACAAAGGCCUCCCAGCUGCCUUCCAGUGAGGGCAACAGCUGGAGGUGGGCUGGCUUUGUCAACUGCUGCCUUUCCACAAGUGCCUGCGGAGGCCCAAGUAACCCCUUGAGGGAAAUGAUCCUGGGCUUGGUUCGGCAACAGGAGUCUCUAAAGGAUCUUGUUAACAGGGCUCUCUUCGUGUUGCCAGCAGCAGUUGCUGCUCCCCCAUGUUUCUAUGUAGCAAAUCCUCCCCCUUCAUACAGUCACAGACUGAAACUCCUUAAGCACAGCCUGAGGCAGAAGGCAGCUCCACACUUGCAUCAGUUGCAACGGCUGACAACUCCUCACUUGCUGCAGUUCCCUGACCUCCGGCUGGUGCAGUAUGACUCAGGAAAAUUAGAAGCUCUUGCUGUCUUGCUUCAGAAGUUGAAAUCUGAAGGGCGCCGUGUGCUGAUUUUGUCACAGAUGAUUCUAAUGCUGGACAUACUGGAGUUGUUCCUGAAUUUCCAUUUCCUCACCUUUGUGAGGAUUGAUGAAUAUGCCAACCAGGAACAACGGCAGGAGCUGAUGAAAAUUUUCAACAGAGACAAGCGCAUUUUCUGUGCCAUCCUCUCCUCUCACAGCCGUUCCACAGGAGUCAAUCUUGUCGAGGCAGACACUGUUGUGUUCUAUGACAAUGAUCUGAACCCAGUGAUGGAUGCAAAAGCUCAGGAAUGGUGUGACAGAAUUGGGAGAUGUAAAGAUAUCCAUAUAUACAGGCUUGUCAGUGGUAAUUCUGUAGAAGAGAAACUUUUGAAAAAUGGCACAAAGGACUUGAUCAGAGAAGUAGCUGCUCAGGGAAAUGACUAUUCAAUGGCCUUUUUGACACAGCAAACAAUUCAAGAAUUGUUUGAGGUUCAUUCUCCUAUGGAGGAUUCUGGAUUUAGAGUGAAAGCUGAAGAAUUUGUAGUACUUUCUCAAGAGCCGUCUCCAGCAGAAAAUAUUUCACCUAAAGUUGCAAGACCAUUCAUAGAGGCUCUCAACAGCAUUGAACGAGAGGAUGAGGAAUCAAAUGAUCACAUACAAGAAAUAGGAUCUGAGUCAAGCAUUGAACCUUUAAUCUCAGAGCUCUGUGAGACAAAAUACAAUGAAGAGCCCUCGCAGCUGCAGGAGUUAGUUGCUGUUGUGGAUCAGCUGACUCCAAUUGAGAAGUAUGCUUUGAAUUAUCUGGAGCUCUUCCACGGUUCAGUUGAUGACAAUGAGCCACGGUUGAGUGAGAUGGAACUGAAAACUGCAAAGAAAGCCUGGGAAGUCCAGCAUAUGAAGGAGUUAAAGGAAAGAGAGCAAAAAAUGCUUUGGGAGGAUGAAGAGGAACUUCUAACCUACACUCGGGAGGAUGCAUACAACAAAGAAUAUGUCUAUGAAGGUCCAGAUGGACAAACUGAAAUUAUGCCACUCUGGACUCCUCCUACUCCACCUCAGGAUGAUAAUGAUAUCUACAUAGAUUCUGUUAUGUGCCUGAUGUAUGAUACCACCCCUAUUCCAGAGUCAAAAUUGCCUCCAGUGUAUGUCAGGAAGGAGCGUAAACGACACAAAACAGAUCCCUCUGCAGCAGGUAGAAAGAAGAAGCAACGUCACGGGGAGACAGUUAUCCCACCUCGUUCACUCUUCGAUCGAGCAACUCCAGGAAUGUUGAAAAUGCGCCGGGAGGGCAAAGAGCAAAAGAAGAACAUCUUGUUGAAACAACAGACACAGUUUGCAAAGCCUUUGCCAACUCUUGUCAAACCAGCUACUGAGGCUGGGCAGGAUAAUCCAGAGUGGUUGAUCAGCGAAGACUGGGCACUUCUGCAGGCAGUGAAGCAGCUGCUGGAGCUUCCUUUAAACCUUGCUGUUGUGUCACCAGCACACACUCCCAACUGGGACCUGGUCAGUGAUGUUGUUAACUCCUGCAGCAGAGUCUAUCGCUCGCCCAAGCAGUGCCGCAACCGAUACGAGAAUGUCAUAAUCCCAAGGGAGGAAGGAAAGACUAAAAACAGUCGCCCACUUCGUACCAAUCAGAUCUAUGCUCAAGAUGAGGGUGCAACCCACACACAGCUUUAUACUAAUCAUUUUGAGAUGAUGAAAAUGAUUGCAGGGAAAAGAAGUCCACCAAUCAAACCUCUACUUGGCAUGAAUCCUUUCCAGAAGAAUCCAAAGCAUGCAUCGGUGCUUGCAGAAAGUGGAAUCAACUAUGACAAGCCCCUCCCUCCAAUUCAAGUCGCGUCCCUCCGAGCAGAACGCAUUGCCAAAGAGAAAAAGGCGCUGGCAGAGCAGCAGAGGGCCCAGCAGCAGACGGGCCCCCAGCCCCAGCAGCCCCAGGCGGGCCAGCAGCCCCCCCAGCAGCCCCCCGUGCAGCAGGCCCAGGCCCAGCCACAGGCACAGGCACAAGCACAGGUAGUUCAGCAGCCACAGGCAGUGGUGCAGACUGCAGUCACUACUGUGGCCAACACAGCAGUAUUGGUAAGAAAGGGAGAGCUCGGUGCCUCUGAUGUAGUAACUUCAGUUCUUCUGUGUGUGCUGUAUUUGUGUCAUGUUUUCUCUGGAAAGAAUUUUAGGUCAGUAUAUUGCUCAUUAGCAGGCACCGUCAAGACAGCAGUGACGGGGACGAGCAUCCAGACUGCUACAGUGAGUGGAAAUGUAAUUGUAAACACUGUUGCUGGGGUCCCUGCUGCCACCUUCCAGCCCAUCAAUAAACGUCUGGCCUCCCCUGUUAUACCUGGGACGCUGACUACCUCGGGAGGCACAGCCACUGCCCAGGUGGUUCACAGCCAGCCCCGAGCGGCCGCGGCGCCGGCGGCGUCCACCGAGCUGGUGACCAUCGCCUCCACGCAGGGCGUGCGCGCCGUGACUUCGGUGACGGCUUCCGCCGUGGUCACCACCAACCUCACGCCUGUGCAGACCCAGACAAGGUCUUUGGUGACCCAGGUCACACCAGCUACACCAACAGUCCAGCUGUCGGGCAAAACCAUCACCCCUGCACACUUCCAGCUUCUGAGGCAACAACAGCAGCAGGCUGCUCAGGUGCAGGUCCCACAGAUCCAGGCUCAGGCACAAGCCCAGUCUCCAGCUCAAAUAAAAACUGUAGGGAAAUUGUCACAGGAGCAGCUGAUCAAGUUGCAGAAGCAGAAGCUGCAGCUCCCCCAGCAGCAAGCAGCACAGCAGACACAGCAAGGGGCACAGCAGCAAACAGCACAAGUGCAAGUGCAGCAGCAGCAGCAAACGCAGCAGCUCACUGCUGUGACAGCCCCUCGUCCUGGCGCGGUCCUCACGGGCACUACGGUCACCAACCUGCAAGUGGCACGCCUGACCCGUGUUCCUGCUUCCCAGCUCCAAGCACAAGGACAGAUCCAGGCCCAGACUCCACAAGCAGCACAGGUUGCUCUGGCAAAGCCUCCAGUGGUGUCUGUUCCAGCUGCUGUUGUGUCAUCUGCAGGAGUCACCACACUCCCUGUGACUGUGGCAGGCAUUAGUGUUGCCAUUGGGCAGCCACAGAAAGCAGCAGGAGGCCAGACAGUAGUUGCACAGCCACUGCAUGUCCAGCAGCUGCUGAAACUCAAGCACCACCAAGCAGCACAGCAGCAGAAAGCCAUCCAGCCCCAGGUUGCACAGGGACAGGCUACUGUGCAGCAAAAGAUAAAUGCUCAACAGGUUACGGUCCAGACCCAACAGCAGACUUCACAGCAGCAAAAAGUAACUUAUGCUACACAGCCUGCCAUUAAAACACAGUUCUUAACAACUCCAAUUUCCCAAACCCAGAAACCAGGUGGAACCCAGCAAGUGCAGGCCCAGAUUCAGGUUGCAAAACUCCCACAAGUGGUCCAGCAACAGGCUACUGUUGCCAACAUUCAGCAGAUGGUUUCAGUUUCCCAACAGGUACAAGCUCAGCCCCAGACUGUGACCCUUUCUCAGACGACAGCAGGUCAACAGCAGGUUCAGGUGAUCCCUGCAACCACUGCUACUGCUCAGGUCGUGCAGCAGAAACUGAUCCAGCAGCAGGUGGUGACCACAGCAUCUCCCCAGGUUCAGGCUCCAGGUGUACAGAACCCAGCCCAGACACCAGCAACACCUGAGGCCCAGAGUCAGCAAGCAAAAGUACAGAUGAGGACACCGACUGUCAGAUUAAAGGCACCUACUAAACCAAGUUGAACUAUUGCAGUAACAGAGAAACACAGUGUUUUGUGUUUGCUGAGACGAGUGAGAAGCUACUCCAAACAUCCAAAUGAAGACAAAACACCUCUAUUUUUUUUUUUUUUUUUGUAGCAGAAGGUUUCUUGCUGGUGAACAUUUAAACAUGAAAACUCACGUGUAACUUCAGUGUAUUAGCAACUGUUUAGCACUCAAACUCUGUACAAGAUGCAUUCUGCCUGUGUUCUCUGUGCUCAUUUAAACCACAUAAAGCAAGCAUUACUUAGGUUGAAAUUCUGCCCAGCUUCUCAAAAGUGAAAUGGUGAUCAGCCAUAAAUGUCAGUAAAAUCCAUCUGUGUUAGAACACCACACCUGCCUGUGGGCAUGUGCAGCUCCUUGCUGUAGUUCAGUGUGUGCUCAGUACCCACAGUGAAGCCACACAAAGAUCCAGGUGUAGUUGAUACAGCACAGUAUUUUCCAUCUGUACAAAAGCUCUGUGUUGUUCUUCCCUGUGGUAAACACCCCUGGAAGAUCUAACACAGGCUUGAAGUGCUGCCUGCAGAGUUUAGCCAAUAAAUGUGAAAACCUGUAAGUAUAUGUAAUUAAAAAGGAAAAAAAAAAGUUUCAUUCUCCAUUUUUGUAAGUCUUUUAAAAUGUUUGUUAGUAGUUUUUGUGUACAGUUUACUGAAUCACCCAACCUGUGUGCUCAUUCUCGUAUUUCACUUUAAAAUAAUGGAUAUUUUAGGCAUGAGCUGAGUAAAUACUGUGUUGAUAGUAAAUGUGUAUUAAAGUGUAGCCCAUUUUUUUUUGUAAAAGAAUUGUUUAGUAGAUACAGCUCAACAGAUGAUCCAUAGCUGUUUCUCAUGGGACUUCUGUCACAAAAAAUCUCCAGCUGAUAAAAUCUAAUCUCUCAGUUUCAUUCUGCUCUUGCAACAUGUUUAAAUGUUCAGUACUUUUUACACGGCUUUCAGCUUGGGGGGUGGGGGGCUGGGGGAAGGGGAGAAUAGUGAAAUUAAAUCUAAGACUUAAUUCUUCAACUGUGUAAAGAGUAAGAUCUAACUUUUGUACUAUUCUUUUACUAAAGCUAACAAUGAAUGUAUCUUCAGGUGGGUAUUUUGGAUGUGAAUAGAGCGUGGCCUCUUCCUCCAAAUCAGUUUGCCUUAUUGUUAUGGAGAAAAAAAAAAAAAAAAGCAAAAAGCUGCAUAGAACUGUGGGGGGUUUCUUUACUUUUCUUGCAUACAAUGAAUAACAGAAUUUGCAAACAGCACUGAGUGAGGAAUCAAAAAACCCAUGGUGGCUUGAAGGGAUUUAUUUUACUUUGGCCAUAAAACUGCACAAUGUGUAAAAUCCAGACAAAAUUACAACAUUCCUUUUCUGAGAUGGUUUUAAAAUUAUUUUUUCAUUUUUUACUCUUUUAGGAAAGGAGCCUAUUUAAGGGCAAGGAAAGCAUGUAUUUUGUUUUUACCUCUGUAUGUCCACACUUGUUGGUACCUGGCAAUCCACAUGGCUUAAACAAGAAAGCAUUCUCAGCCAGCUCCUCUGUGUUAGUUGGGAUAGGUACAGCCAGUUCUGUUCAGAUCACAAAUGCAAACAUUGGCUCAGGCAGCGUUCCUGAUUUUUUUAUUUUAUACCCCUUUUGUCCUGCAUACUUUUUUUUUGGACCCUCAGGUGUACAAACACAAGGGCAUUUUUUUUUAAGCUGUUUUUGCAUGCAGUAGUGUUCCCCUGACCCUGCUAACCCCUGGCAUGUGCCAUCCCCUAAUCUUCACUGCCGGCCAGGGAGCUGGCACUGCUGACAGCAGAGUAGUUUAAAAUGCAAAGCAGAUGCAGUGGUAAUGGAUAGUGACACUGUGUACAGUAUAGCCUUGCUCAUCCAAAAACAUUGCUUAGGUAGCCCCAGUUUUACUUUUAAGUGUUUAGCUUUUAUGAUGUGCAUGAAGGUCGGGGUGGGGGGGAACACUUCCAGCAGUGGGAGAGCUGUUGGCUACGUCGUUGUGCUGGUCUGAUUUGGUGUCUAAAGAGGCGAUUGUUUCUUGUUUAGGUCAGUUGAUGAAGUUAAAAAGUCACCAUAUUUUUUUCCUUCUAAUUAUUUUUUUUUUCUUCUUCUCGAUGUGUCUUUCUCCCGGGAGUGUGUUAGGAAGUCAGCCUGUACAUAAGUGAUGAACAUUUGUACUCGACCCAGUAGGAUGAUAAGGAAUAGUGCUGUAUCCUACCUGAAGGUGUAAUAAAGUGUACAUUUUUAUA